AGUUCUUCUCCCUCGCCGGGGGGGGGGGGGGCGCCGAGCCCCGGCGGUGCACCCGGGCGCCCGGGCGUGCGCCGGCCGGCCAUGCAGGCGGUGCGGUCUGCAGCCGCCCGCGGGCACGUGGAGGCUCGGGCAGUACCUGGUGGGGCAGGCGGGCGUGAGCAUCGACGCGGCGGACGAGGACGGGGCCUCCGCACUCUGGCGCGCGGGCGCGGCGGGGCACCUGGAGUGCGUGCGGUGCUUGCUGGGGCACCCGGGCGUGGACGUCAACAGGGCGAACAAGACCGGCGUCACCGCCCUGCACGCGGCGGCCGACGCCGGCCACCACGAGGUCGUGCAGUGCCUCGUUGGGCAGCCCUGCGUGGACGUCGGCCGGGCGGAUAUGCGAGCGGCAUCACCGCCCUGCACGCCGCGUCGGCCUCCGGCCACCUGGGCGUGGUGCGCUGCCUCGUCCAGCAGCCGGGCGUGGAGCUCAACCUCGCCUCCAGGAAUGGCACGACUGCCUUGUACGCCGCGGCCAGCGCUGGCAACCACGACGUGGUGCAGUUUCUUGUCCUUCAGCCGAGUUUGGACCUCAAUAAGACAGACAAUAAUGGCAUCACCCCGCUGUUCGCGGCAGCCAAGUCUUGCCAUAUCAGAGUAGUACGCUGUCUCGUCAGGCAGCGGGGCAUAGACAUCAAUCAGCAAGACCAGAACGGCGUCACUGCCCUGCACGCCGCGGCCGACACCGGCUCCCUCGAGCUGGUGAAGCUCAUCGCCUCGCACCCUGGGGUGGAGAUGGACCGCCUGGACACGUUGGGGAACUGCGCCGUCUUCGCGGCCGCCAAGGCCGGCCACCUCGACGUGAUGCACUACCUCGUCGCGCAGGCCGCCAGGACGGGCACCAGCUCCCUCGGCUACACGCAGGCGGGCGUCGUCGCUCCCGUCGCGGCCCGCGAGUGCGCGGGCGCCGCCGGGGCGGCCAGGCCGCGCUUGAGGGCGCGCCCGAAGCCGAGGGGGGCGCAGCGCCCCGGGCCCGGCCAAGAGGAGCUGCUCGCCGCCGAGGCGAGCGCCUCGGCCGCGGCGCGGGAGCUGCUGGCCGAGGAGGACGCCGCCGCCGCCAAGAGCGCGGCCAGGGCGAGGAAGCGGCUGCAGGC